UGUUUUCAAUAGAAGCACAGUGUGGGAGUCACAGUUUUUAAUCCACGAAAUUAUCUACAACUGAUAAUGUUUCGAUAAGUAAUGUCUAGCAUUUAUAUGGUUAUGUAUAAUUUUAUAGUGUACGAUAUAGUGUGUAAUUUUUGUUCAUAAUGCCUAAGAGUAUUUUUGAUGACGAUCCCAUUGGUAUUGACUUGGGUACAACAUUUUCGUGUAUAGCAGUUUAUAGAAAGGGUAAAGGAGAAAUUAUUCCUGACAAAAACGGUGACAGGCUUGUACCAUCUGUAGUUUUUUAUGAUCCGGAGAAUAGAAAUAGAAUAUUGGUGGGAAAAGCUGCUGAAGAUGAGGGCCCAAGACGUCUUGAAAACUGUAUAAGAGAUUCAAAACGCAUUAUUGGUCGAAAAUUUGAUGACUAUUUCGUUCAAGAAUACAUUUCCAGAGAAGAUGUUCAAUACAAACUGGAAAAGGGACUCUACGACAAAGCUGUUUUUAAAAUUAAUAUCAAUAAACAAAGCAUCACAAAGACCCCAGAAGAAGUUAGUGCUGAAAUAUUAAAGCAUCUUAAAGAAAUGGCUGAAUCCUUUUUGAACAAAAAAGUUUUUAAAGUCGUAAUAUCGGUACCAGCAAAUUUUAGCAACGCCCAAAGAAAAGCCACAAAAAAAGCUGUUGACUUAGCUGGCUUAAACUUAAUACGAUUUAUUUCCGAACCUUCGGCAGCAGGAAUACACUAUAUUGGCGAUAGGUAUGUACAAGGAAAUAUAAUGGUUUUUGAUUGGGGAGGUGGCACCUUAGAUGUUUCCUUAGUAAGAGUUAAAAAUAAAACAUUUGAAGUACAAGCUGUUUAUGGAGAUACGUCACUAGGAGGAAGAGAUUUUGAUAAUCAACUAUUUCAAUAUUUUCAUAAAAAACAUGUUAAAAAAGAAAGGUCCAUUAACAAAUUAAGAAACGCGUGUAUCGAAUUAAAGAAGAAGCUUUCAAAUGAUGAAGUUGCCACUAUGUUUGUUGAUGGAUACGAUAAUUCUGAGGAUUAUGAAAUUACGUUAACAAAAAAGAAAUUUGAAUUUCUAAAUAAAAAUCUUCUAGAUAGAGCAAUGGCUGUGAUAAUUACUACUUUAAAUCAAACCGGUUUUAAAAUGUAUGAGAUAAAACGAGUCUUGUUAGUUGGAGGUACAACAAGGAUACCAAAAAUUAGGGAAAGGAUACAGCAUUUUUUUAAUGAUAUGAAUCUAACAACAGAUCUUAAUCCAGAUGAAGCAGUAGCUGCAGGAGCUUCUCUUCAAGCUUUUCGUUACAAAUACGACCAAGGAGGGGUCGAGUCGUUUACAGUAAGUGAGGUUACACCUUUAUCUCUUGGACUAGAAACUUUAAAAGAUCUUAUGACGGUUUUCAUUCCUCGAAAUAGUACACUACCUAUCACUGAAGUUAAAACAUUUACAACAACAUCCAAUGACCAAACCUUAGUUACAAUUUCUAUUUUUGAAGGAGAAAGAUUAAAUUGUGAUUAUAAUAAUAAACUAGGAGAAUUUAAUAUAACCGACCUACCGCCUAAAAAAGCUGGCGAAGUUAUGGUUACUGUUAGUUUUCAUUUGGAUGAAGACGGUAUUCUUACUGUUAGUGCAACUGAGUGUUCAUCAGGCAAAGAGAAAAAACUUGUAGUCCUUAUGGAAGAGUUUAGACUUAGUAACAGGAAGGUUACAAUGUGUAUUGAAGAUUCGCAGAAAAUGAGAGAGGAAGAUGAAAUAUUUAAAGAAUUCGUAACCACUAAACAUAAAUUUAUAGAAUUUUGCAAUCACAUGUUAUAUGACAUCAGGAAAAUAAAUAGUAUCGAGGAACGGAAUAUGGUUCAACAAAAUUGUGAUAGUUUUUUUAAGGAUAUUUCAAAUUUAGAUUUCAAUCAAAUCGCCAGACUAAAAGACCUAUUUGUUGCUUUGACUAAAAAGGUUGAACCUAUUUUAAAAAAACAUGGCUUAUUGUAAAUAUUUAUGUAAAAACUUUUAAACUAUUCUCAACACUGAUCUAAACGGAUUAGUUUUAUCACAAACACCAAUGGGCUUACUAAUAUCUAGCAAAUAAUAUCUAUCUUACUUAUUACUGUCUUAUUAGUAGGCAUGAUGUUAUUAUUCGUUUGUGUUCCCUUUUGUCAGUUGCUUUUAUUUUCCACUUAGUUAAGUCUUCUCAUAUCUUCUUCGUUGCUCCAUCUAGGCCUCGGUUUUUCUUUUCACCUUUUGCUUACUGAUGCACUAGAUACCAUUUAUGGGAACUUGAAGAUUGGACCAUUCUCUGAACAUGGCCCAACCACCUAAAUAAAUACGUUAGUAUCUACUAGUAUGUUGGAAUCUUGAUGGAGCUCAGUUAUUUCUUCUUCUUAGUUACUGUCCAUUAAGUUUUUUUCCACCAAAGAUUUUGCUCAAUAUAUUUUCCCACCAAACUAAUAACCACUCUUAGUAUUUUUGUAUUACGACGCAUGUUUCACAAGCAUACCGUUUCCUUUUUAAAUUGCAGCUGAUCAAAUUGUUCAAAGCUUCAUUUAUAUACAAUACUUUGUUGAUUGCUAUAUCUUUGAGUUUCGUGAGAGUGCUCACAUCAUGAGUGUUUCACAUCAGUGCUCUGUCAUCUGCAAAUGCUAAGCACUGAUUGAUUUUGUGGUAUAUUAGACCUUUUCUAUUAAUAUUUACUUCCUGUAUCAUGGGCGCCCGCAGAGAGGGGC